AACUAUUGUCGUGUCAAAAUCCGAAGCUUUUCUCGAUAAUCUCGAUGUUCGAAGUAUUUGUAAAUAAUAAUAAUGAGCCUUCCAUUAAAGGAGACGUAUUUGAAGUAUAAAGUGUGUGUUAUUUGCAACGUUCCACAGUCACAGGCGCCAGGAGUUCUAUACGCCAAGUUUCCUCAGAAUGUUAAUCGAUGUCGGAGAUGGAUACGAGUGAUUGGUGAUGUGAAUCUCCUCCAACUCUCUCUAAAGAGGCUCCAGUACCGCUUUGUCUGCGGCAACCACUUCCUCCCCCACUAUUUCACUAAAAGCGGGAAGCAUUUGACCAAAGACGCGGUGCCAACAGUGUUCCCACAUACCAUCAAGCCGCUUAAGAGAGAUGUGGUCAAGUUGUUUCCCAUGCUUAUGAACCGGACUAAGGAUAAGAUUUUACUUAAAUGCACUCAGAGGAUUGUGCCCAUAAUAGACCCAGCCUUACAAUCCCCUGACUCCCCAACAUAUGAAUACUUAGAUGAGUUUCGAGAACAUAUGGAUCCAGAUGCCCCUGAAGUUUCAGAACCUUUAAUAACAAUAAAACAAGAGUCACUGGACCCAACUCUUCAAGAAUGUCUACCCAAGAUAAUCCCGAUAUUGCACCACAACCUGGCACCCAAUUCAUACACCACAGAAGUCUACACCAUCAACAAGGACCGUGAGGUCAUACCCAUCACCACCAAAGUGCUCAACGAUGGCAAAGAAUGUAUUAUAGAGUUAUCACGAAAGAAGAUACCUGUGGUCCCCAAAGAACCGAAAGUGAUACCUGUCAGUGACAAAGUGUUGUCAAGGAUUCUGAAGAAAGACUAUGUUGAUGUGGAGAUAGAACCAAUCUAUUACAACUCCAGAAAGAAAUCUAAAACAAAACUACAAAGAGAAGAGAAAUUGCAACACCAAAUCGUAAAACUACAGCGGAGAAACAAACAACUAAAACGGAUACUCAAAAACAUAUGUUUAGUCGACGAAAUUGUGUCCCCUAACAUAAAGAGAGUAAUAGAAAAGGCCAUAUACAAUAAGCAGUUGAAAGAAGGCAUUAACGAGUUCACACAUGAGAAAAAGAUGGCAGCCGCCAUUUUGAAAAGAGCUUUAAGCGCAUAUCACUAUUUGAGUUGUUUAAUGCCUUUACCUAGUGUUUGUGCGUUAGAGAAGAUAGCUAAAGGAAUUCCUUCUAGAAGUAAAACUACUAAGUGUAGACAUUUGUUAUAAAAAAAUUAGUUAAAAUCAUGCUUUCGCACAAUACACGUUCUAUGAGUGCGAAAGUGUAAUGUUUAAUAGGUGGUGUGAGACUAUUACUUUUUAACAAUUUUGGUGCAA